AUGGCUACCAAAUUCGACGCUGAGAAGGCAGAGAACCUCGAGGACAUCGAGAAGCAGUUUGCAGUUAAGGCUGUCAAGCAGGCUGAAACUUACUGGACUUUGAUCUCCACUGUCAGGGCCUCUACCUUCAAAUUGACCAAGCAUGAUGACGACAUUUUCGAGACCCUCUUGGAGGACUUCCCAGAGUUCAAAGAGCCUAAGAAUGUUGCUGAGAUCUCUGAGGAGGAGAUGAAGUCUCCAAAGGGAAAGACUAGAUGGAGAGAAUUCUGCGAAAAGUUCAAGGAGAUCGACGACUACAACUUUGGUACUUUAUUGAGAAUCAAGGCCGACGAAGAAUACUCGCAGGACAACACGAUAUUUGCUGUGAGAAUCCAGUUCUACGCCAUUGAGAUUGCCAGAAACAGAUACGGUUUGAACGACUGGGUCUCGUCUCAGUAG